AUGUCUAGGCUCAACAAGGCAGACUUCUUUGCGGUCCUUGAUCAAUUAGAUCACGAUGACGAUGACGACCCUGAAGAUGAGUCUUUUGAAAGGCUGGUUCAAGGCUUCCCGAGGGUGGUUGCUGCCUUGGACGAUACAGACUGUCCCAAAGCGCUUACUCGAGCAAACACUGAACCAUCUCCUUCUGUCCCCCUUCAUCCUGACAUCACACGCUCCGAGACAACAAAUAUGUCACCAAAAGCUACAGGUCCUGCUUCAAAGAAGAGGAAGACCAACAGUUUCAAAGCCGCACCCCAGGAACAGCAAAUUCUGAGAGGUCUGGUAUUCUCUGAUUACCUUCUUGUCUUCUUCCCAAACAACGAUAAGUCUCCUAUUCGUCGACUGCGGAUCCAGCGAGUACAGGAGUAUGGAGCCACAUGGGCUCAUGAGUGGAUAGGGAAUAUCACACACGUCGUUGUUGAAAAGGGAAUCAAGUUCAAAGAACUUUUGUUUCAUCUCAAACUGGAUUCUCUUCCGGACAAGAUGAUCAUUGUAAAUGACACAUACCCUUCUGAGUGUAUUAGAUUUCGCUCCAUCCUGAGUCCAGCAUACGCGCGAUUCCAAGUGGAGGGCGUUCAAUCUGCCGAGAAGCAAGACCCCGCCAUGCUUAUUGAAGGUGAACCAAGCUCUACCAAAUCUUUUCCGCCAAAAUCACCCAUCAGGGAAGAAGAUUCGCCUCCAAAGUCAUCUGGAUCUGUAUCUACCGACAGACAAAUUCCAGCAGCUCCAACUCACAAAGCCAUGAACACGGGGCUACCAACCUGUGAACGUGAUGCCUUGGAUAUAAUCAUUGAUGAAGCCAAGGCGAUCCAACACCUACCCCUCGACCUAGACUUCCUCGACGAAGACAGUGAAAAUGAAUCCGGCAACGAGACCUCCAGGUCUUCGAGUUCCGAAAGGCCUCAGAAAAAACGCCAGGAAGAGACUAAAGCUCCGCCCACGAAGGGAUCUUGGGAAAAGAACUUUGCUUGCAUGCAAAAUUUCGACUCUACUGUGAAAAAAAAUAAUGUAAAUCGCAGGACCAUCGAAGUCCUCCAACAACUGCUGGACUAUUAUGACCGAACUGCGGAUCACUGGCGGAUAAUUGCCUAUCGAAGAGCGAUCACUGCGCUUGGCCGACAGGAAGUCAAGAUCAUGACUCGAGCGCAGGCCCUAGCUAUCCAUGGGAUCGGACCACGAUUGGCGGACAAGAUUGAGGAGAUAGUUCUUACUGAUCGUCUCCGUCGAUUGGAUGAAACAAAAUUCAGUGUAGAAGACAAGCUCAUCCAACAAUUCCUUGGGAUAUAUGGUUGUGGUCUUGCCCAGGCUUCUAAAUGGGUGGCUCAAGGCUAUCGAUCCCUUGAUGACUUGCGAGAUAGAGCACCGCUAAGCAAAAACCAGCGUAUUGGACUGGAGCGAUACGAUGACUUCGCCAUACGAAUCCCUCGAAAAGAGGUUGAGGGACACGGUGCAAUUGUCCGAGAAGCCGUCAAGAGGGCGGACGCUGACAUGCAGGUUAUACUCGGAGGAUCUUUUCGCCGCGGGGCUCCAGACUGCGGCGAUAUAGAUUGUCUAAUCACGAAGCAGAACUCCUCUCUUGAGCACAUUCGUGACUUGGUCAUGAAUCAUGUGGUCCCCAAGUUGUUUGAGGACGGGUUUCUCAAGGUUGGCCUAGCCUCAUCGCGACAAGCGGGCGAUGGCUCAAAGUGGCACGGAGCAUCUGCUUUGCCUGGUAACAAUAUAUGGCGACGAAUAGACUUGCUUUUUGUACCAGGGGCGGAGUACGGGGCUGCCCUCUUAUACUUCACAGGAAACGAUAUCUUCAAUCGCAGUAUGAGACUACUCGCACGAAAGAAAGGGUUAUGCCUCAACCAGCGAGGUCUCUUUGCAAAUGUGAUCCGUAACUCUGAGACUCAGGUCAAAACUAACCCGGGUGAAUUACUUGAGGGUCAAGACGAACGCCGAAUAUUUUCAUUACUUGGGGUGCCGUGGCGACCUCCAGAGCAUCGAAUCUGUUAG